AUGAAAAGAGGUUUUUUGCAAACGGAGAAGUUCCCCUUGCGAAAAGUUGCCACCCUGGGUCUGGGGCUCAAACAGCUCAUUCAGAAGCAGAGCAAGCACUUGUCUGCGUCACCAUCCUCCUCCUUCUCUUCAUCCUCUUCAUCCUCCUCAUCCUCCUCUGUGGUGUCAGCUGCCGGACGUGGCGCCCCCUUGUGUGCUCCAGCUGAUGUCCCGGGACUCCGCCCUGACUGGUCCCACCUCGUGCCUCCUCACGCGGGACGGGGCGCAGGGGCAGUGGGCAUGAUGCGGAGGGGCACCAGCCUGCAGAGCCGCCGCACAAAGGCCAGCUCUGGGGCCGGGGACAAGGACCCGCUGCUGGGAAGAAGUCCCAGAGUUCCCAUCAGGCGUCACACCCACGACCCCCAACACCACGUGAGCCGCCCCAGAACAUCCUCAGCCAACACAGAGAGCGCCCCCUGCAGUCCAGCGCCCGCCACUGUCUCCUGUGACGUGCUGCUGUCGUCUGGGUAUCACUCCACGGAGGAAGCUGACCGGAUCGACCGGCUGGAGGUGAGUGCUCUCUCCCAAAAUCCACUUGCUGUGUCCUGUGGGGCGGAUGCUUCAUACCCCGGGGCAGAAGACAGCACCCCAGACCCCCAGAGGACCAAGCAGGCCAUCGCCCAGCUGCAGCAGAAGAUCCUCAAACUCACCGAGCAGAUCAAAAUCGAACAAACGGCUCGAGAUGACAAUGUUGCCGAGUACCUCAAGCUGGCCAACAAUGCAGACAAGCAGCAGAGCUCUCGUAUUAAGCAGGUUUUUGAAAAGAAGAACCAGAAGUCGGCGCAGACCAUCCAGCAGCUGCAGCGCAAACUGGAACACUACCACCGCAAACUGCGCGAGGUGGAGCACAAUGGCAUCCCCCGCCAGCCCAAAGACGUGCUGCGGGACAUGCACCCGUGGCUGAAGGACGUGGGGGCAAAAGUCACCGGUUUUAGUGAAGGAGUGGUGGACAGUGUGAAGGGGGGACUGUCCAGCAUCUCCCAGGCCACGCACUCAGCCGCUGGCGCCGUUGCAUCCAAGCCACGGGAGAUCGCCUCAAUCAUACGCAACAAAUUCGGAAGCGCGGACAACAUCGCGGCGCUGAAAGACUCGCUCGAUGACUCAACCGUGGACGAAGCCGUGGCGGUAGCAGCAGGCGGGAGACCUUUCGGGAACCACUUUCAGUCCAGUCCCAAGUUUGGAAGCGAAGAAGAUUGCUCCAGCGCCACGUCCGGGUCGGCGGGGGCAAACAGCACGACCGGGGCGCCAGGCGGACCCCCCAGUUCCAGAGGCAACACCCUGGAGCGCAGCCAGAGCUUGGGGUUGGACAUGCUGCUACAGGAGGUGCAGGAGAUGAGGGAGAGCCAGGCCAGGUUGGAAGAGAAUCUGGAUAGUCUAAAGUCGCAUUAUCAGAGGGAGUAUACGGUCAUCAUGCAGGCCCUGCAAGAGGAGCGAUUUAGGUGUGAAAGGCUGGAGGAGCAACUAAAUGACCUCACCGAACUUCAUCAGAAUGAGAUCCUCAACCUCAAACAGGAGCUGGCCAGUAUGGAGGAAAAGAUUGCCUACCAGUCCUACGAGAGAGCCAGAGACAUACAGGAGGCACUGGAGGCGUGUCAAACCAGGAUCUCUAAAAUGGAGCUUCAGCAGCAGCAGCAGCAGGUGGUGCAGCUGGAGGGGCUGGAGAACGCCACGGCCCGGACCCUCUUGGGGAAGCUCAUCAAUGUGCUGCUGGCCCUGAUGGCCGUUCUCCUGGUCUUUGUCUCCACUGUGGCCAACUGCGUGGUGCCCCUGAUGAGAACGCGCUCCCGCUCCAUGUCCACACUGCUGCUCAUCGUGGUGCUGGCCUUUCUCUGGAGGAACUGGGAGGCUCUGUCUGGAUACACCCACCGCGCCCUGCAGCCCCCGGGGUGA